AUGCUGACCCUCUAUCUAGUUGCUGGGCUUUUAGUAACUCUUUUCUUCAUCCGACGACUCCGAUCGCCUAUCACAAAAAUUCCAGGACCAUGGUAUACCGUGCUCACGAGCUGGGUACUCAAGUACCAUGAGUUCACCUCGAAUAGACGGCUAUACAUUCAUGACCUGCACAAAAGAUACGGGCCCACCGUCCGCAUAGCGCCCAAUGAGAUCUCUCUUGCUAGUCUGGAAGCGAUCAGAGAGAUCUAUGCCUCUGGUGGGAGCGGCUAUGACAAGACGGAGCUCUAUGACUUGUUUCGUCAGUUCGGGAUUAAGACCAUGUUCUCGACCCUCGAAAAGCAGAGCCAUAGCCAGCGCAAACGCGAACUCGCAGAUCGGUACGCCAUGACGAAUAUCCUGCGCGAUGAGCACGUAUCCGCCAUUGCAGACCGAGCGAGGGCUUUUGUCUCAAGAUGCGUUGCGUCCGCCGAGAGCGUGGAUGUCUACGUAUGGCUCCAUUGCUUCGCUCUCGACGGUGUGACAAACUUCAUGUUUAGCCCGGGGGGACUACGCUCGCUGGACUCGGAGGAAGACUUUGAAAUCAUGGAGGAGCUUACUUACCACCAGAGCCUUCAGAAGAACCUCCUGCAUUACUACCUCCCCGCUCUAGCCCCCUGCUUCCCGUCAUGUUUGAUCCCGCGCCACUCACCCAAGACAAACGAAUACGUCCUGAGAAUGUCCGCCCAGCAACAGCCCAGCCAGCACAGCCUCGUCGCCAAACUAGCUCGGAAAGACUCCCCGCUCAACCAUGCACAGGUUGCUGCAGAAUGCAAGGAUCACAUGGCGGCGGGCAUCGACACAACGGGCGACGGUCUGUGCUUUCUGAUGUGGGAGCUUUCCCGACCGCAGAACACCCGUUUCCAGGACCGACUAUUCGAGGAAUUGACGAAUGCGGAUCCGGAUACCCCAAUAGAUAAACUGCCUUACCUCGACGCAGUCGUUAAAGAAGCCCUACGGUGUGCGCCGCCAAUCCCGAUGUCAUUUCCGCGAUACGUACCGGCUGGAGGACGAUCGAUCGACGGCCACUUCAUCCCGGAAAAGACGAUCGUCAGCUGCCAACCGUAUACGGUGCACAGGCUCGACGAGGACGUAUUCCCGGAACCCGACAGCUUCAAUCCGGAUAGGUGGAUGGACGAGAAAGGGGCUGCUCAGCGGAACCGGCUGUUCUUUGCUUUUUCGACCGGUGGCAGGGGUUGCACGGGGCGGAACUUGGCCAUGGUCGAAAUGAAGGUUCUCCUCCGAGAGGUGUACUCGCGGUUCCGUACGACGAUCGCGGAGGAUAUGCGUGAGUGCAUGGAUAUCGAUGACCAGAUUAUCUCUUCGAGACCACAGGGACAAACGUGCAAGUUGAGGUUUAGUGAGAGAUGA